CCACCCAAAGCUCACAAAAGAGGUGUAGUGACAUUCCAAAGUCGAUACGAUUUAGAUCAUAUACAUAUGUGCAUAUGUAUUUUAUCUUAAUAAUAAAGUGAAACAUCGGUUCCACAUACAAGGCAUACGCAAAAUGUCGAACUUAGGGUUUGUAAAAGUAUUUUGUUUUUUGUUCUUCAUCUGCAUCGAUGCCAACGAAGAAAAUAGAGUAAAGGAGGUCUUUGAGCAGCAUGAAGUUGUUCCAGAUGUUAUACGUAAUGCGCCAAGCCAGUUUUUAAAGGUAAUAUAUGACAACUCAUUGGAAGUACAAGCUGGCGCAGAACUGACUCCUACACAAGUAAAAUCACAACCAUCUGUGGAUUGGCAAGCAGAUCACAAUACCUAUUACACGCUUAUAAUGACAGACCCAGAUGCGCCAAGUCGAAGCGCACCGACAUCGCGUGAGUUCAAGCAUUGGUUAGUUGGCAACAUACCCGGGAGUGAUGUGGCUAAAGGUGAAAUGUUGAGUGCAUAUGUAGGAUCAGGGCCGCCGCAGGGCACAGGUCUACAUCGCUAUGUGUUUCUAUUGUAUAAACAACAGACUAAACUGGAAUUCCGCGAAGAACGAGUAAGCAACACCAGUCGCAAUGGACGUCCGAAAUUCCGUGCGGCUGCUUUCGCUGAGAAGUAUUAUCUCGGAGAGCCUGUCGCAGGAAAUUUCUAUCAGGCCCAAUGGGAUGAAUAUGUGCCGACUGUACAUAAACAAUUAUCCGGCAAUUAACUGUAAGGUUCAAAUCUAAUCUGCAAAUUUUUUAGUAAAAAUAUACCUUUUUAACUGCUUUUAAAAAAA